AAUUACAUGUUCCUCCCAAAUUGAACUAUCUGAUAUUCAAGAUUAUCUUCAGAAAGAGGCAAUCGAUGAAGAAGCAACAUUUACGACAGAAUUUAAGGAGACAUGGCAAACAUUUAUAUCAGACUGUUUUUUGAAAAUGGUUGAAGAAACAUUAGAUGAAGAAAAAAAGCUUGUUAGAAUCACAGACUUGGAUUGUCUUACUUUGAACUAUGAUAUAUAUGAUGCAGAAGGCAUAUUGAACCUUAAUGAUGCUGAUUUUAAGGCACUUUUAAAGAAAGAAUUGGAUAAUAAAGACUCUGCACUUAGUAGUAACCUUAAAAAUAGUAGUGUUUCAAUUAAUAAUGACUUUGAAUAUAGUAUUGAAAAUGACAGUUUUUAUGAUGAUAUUGAAAAUAGUAGCGAUGACUUUGAAAAUAGUAGCGAUAACUUUGGAAAUAGUAGCGAUGACUUGGGAGAUGUUUUAAUUAAUAACUUCGAACUUAAGAACAGUGAUAAUAGUAACAAUAAUCUUGAAGAUAGUGAUAAUAACAUUUUAAUUGAUGAUAACCCACCUAAUCAAAAAACAGUAGAUGGGUCUGUGUCUUUUGAACCAUUUAAUGGUGAAUAUGGUCCAUAUUUCACCAAUUUUACUGAACAAAAGUUAUUUCUAUAG